GCCGCGCACGCGCAGCGGCGGCGGCGCGCGGCGGGUAUUUUGCUGCGUCACCAGCGCUGGGCGCCGCCGCUGCCGCGCGCGGGGCAUUGUGGGACGAGGCCGCCCCGAGCUGCCGCCGCCGCCGCCGGAGCCACGGCCCUGCCCAGCGCCGCCGCCGCCCAGAGCCGCCCCCGCCCCUCCCGCAGCCGGGCCCCGUCUCCAGCAGCGCCAGCCGGAGCCGCCGCCGUUCGCCAUGCAGCCCAGCCCCGCCUCCGCCAAGUGGUACGACCGCAGGGACUACGUCUUCGUCGAGUUCUGCGUUGAGGACAGUAAAGAUGUUCAUGUAAAUUUUGAAAAAUCCAAACUGUCGUUCAGUUGUCUUGGAGGAAGUGAUAACUUUAAACAUUUAAACGAAAUCGACCUUUUUAAUAAUAUUGAUCCAAAUGAGUCAAAGCAUAAAAGAACAGACAGAUCCAUCCUCUGCUGUUUACGAAAAGGCGAAUCGGGGCAGGCGUGGCCACGGUUAACAAAAGAGCGGGCGAAGCUCAACUGGCUCAGCGUGGACUUCAACAACUGGAAAGACUGGGAGGACGAUUCAGAUGAGGACAUGUCCAACUUUGAUCGCUUUUCCGAGAUGAUGAACAACAUGGGUGGUGACGACGAUGUAGACUUGCCAGAAGUAGACGGGGCAGAUGAUGACUCACCAGACAGUGAUGAUGAAAAAAUGCCAGAUCUGGAGUAAGGAAAAUGUCUUCAGGGUUUGGGGAAAGAACUUGUUCAUCACCACAUUUCAUAAUCGCGAUAAGAAUUCCUGAGUUGAUAGAGCCCUCCAGGGAGAUCCCGCCUCCCUUUCCCCAUUUUCAGUCCGUGUCCAAUGGGCGGUGUGUGCCGGGCGGGGUGGGUGCAGCCCCCAGAGGCAAUAACGUUCUGCAUGAACCAUUUUCCAGACUUCCAACCCCCCCGGUGAGGUGUAGGCCCCCAAUAGCUCACUCGCAAUAAAGCUCCCGGCCCCUC